GACGAAAUCCUUCUCUGUGCCCUAAAUCCUUUCCUCCCUAUCCCUUCUGCAGUUACGUCGAGCAAAGCUUGGAUAUGAAAGUCUUUCUUUCAUUUCUCGACUGUGAAGUAAGACUAAGCUCAUGAUCUUAUUAUCCUAGAUCGGAUUAGGAUUUUUUUUACGCCCCCAUGUCCCUCCCGUGUGGCGACAUGGGGACGUAAAAAGGAAAGAGAGGGAUGGGUUUUCUAGCUUUUGGCAUAGCAGGCCUCCCAGUAGGACGGGCUAUUAGCUCAGUGGUAGAGCGCGCCCCUGAUAAUUGUGUCAAUGUGCCUGGGCGGGCUCUCAGCUAUAUGAAUAGUUCAAUGUGCUCAUCAGCGCCUGACCCGGAGAUGUUCCCUCUGUCCCCUCCCGCCAACUCCGCCAACUCCGUCCCCUUCCUUCGUCGACAGCAGCUCCAGCUCCUUCCCCUCCCGAAGUCGACAAAGGUGGUUCCUCUAUAGCAUCAGCAGUAACUGUUGCAAGCUCCAGCUCCGUCCCCUGUAUAGGGUUCUGCCGGAGAGGAUGAAGCCGAAUGACCAAGAGAAGACGUCGAAGGUGAUGACGAGCCAACUUAGUUUGCCGUCAAGUGCCCAAGAAGGGUGAGCCAUCGCCGCUGUGCCGCAAGCAAGAUUGCGAGCGUUAAAGGAACUCACAAUACAAAAUCUUCAUUAAUUAAUUAAUUGCUCCCUUUUAAAAUUUUAUAAAAAAUUCCUAAUUAAUCGUACGACACCCCUUAUUUCCCAAUUCGGAUCUUCUUUCUUGACGCGCAUCACAUGUUUGUGGUUUAGCGAGUGGGACACAGGGACAGAGAGAAUUCGAGACAGAAGAUUCAAACUGGGAAACAAGGGGUGCCCUAUUGUAAAUUAUAAUUAGAAAUUUUUUAUGAAAUUUUAAAAGGGAGCAAUUAAUUAAUUAAUGGGAAUCUUGUAUUGUGAGUUCCUCUAAUGCUCGCGAUCUCGCUCGUGGCACGACGACGACGACUUGUCCUUCUUAGGCACUUGACGGCGAACUAAGUUGGCUCGUCAUCACCUUUAACGUCUUCUCUUGGACACUCGACUUUGAUUCAUCCUCUCCAGUAGCACCAUAAAUAGGUGAUAGCAUCAGGCUACCGGGUUCCAUGAUUCCGGUGUGGCCCUAAAAGCAAAAUUCGAGAAUUAGUGCCAAAAGGGAGUAUGGCAAAGUUGGAGGAGAUUGAUACAGAUGAAUAUGAAAAGAUAAUGGCUGCUAACAAAAUGAAGAGGAAGAAGUAUAGCAUCAUAAUUCCAACAUACAAUGAGCGUCUCAACAUUGCCCUUGUCAUCUACCUCAUCUUCAAACAUCUUCAGGAGUCCGAGUUUGAAGUCAUUAUUGUAGAUGAUGGAAGUCCUGAUGGAACUCAAGAUAUCAUAAAACAACUACAGGAUGUCUAUGGGAAAGAUCGCAUUCUACUACGUGCAAGGCCAAAGAAGCUUGGUCUAGGAACUGCUUACGUCCAUGGAUUUAAGCAUGCAUCUGGUGAUUACAUAAUAAUCAUGGAUGCAGAUCUCUCCCACCAUCCAAAAUACUUGCCCAGCUUCAUCAGGAAGCAAAUCCAAACUGGUGCAAGUAUAGUUACAGGAACCCGCUAUGUCCGUCAUGGUGGUGUGCAUGGAUGGAACCUUAUGCGUAAACUCACAAGUAGGGGAGCCAAUGUACUUGCACAGACACUUCUAUGGCCAGGUGUAUCCGAUCUGACUGGUUCUUUUAGACUUUAUGAGAGGAGUGCUUUCGAAGAUGUCAUAAGUUCAUGCGUGAGUAAAGGAUAUGUUUUUCAGAUGGAGAUUAUCGUCAGAGCUAGCAGGAAGGGCUAUCACAUUGAAGAGGUUCCAAUAACUUUCGUGGACAGAGUUUAUGGGAGCUCAAAACUCGGCGGAUCGGAAAUAGUCCAAUACCUAAAAGGCCUGGUGUACCUGUUGUUUACAACCUAAACAAGGAACAAAUCAGUGAGUACUUGCACUGUCUCAAUUGAUCAUAACUGCAACUUCACACCUUUUUGUUGGAAAAUCAACAAGCAGAAUUUUCCAUUAACCCGGCCGGAACAUAUUAUCUACCACCUACGCCCAAACAGGUUAUGUUCUUCAGCAGCAGCAAUUUUUUCCACAACUAUUUGAAGGAUAAUAAUUUAAUCCAGACUAUUUCUUGUAUGCUCAAGUUCUAGUUUGCUUAUUUGUGUCGUAAUACGCACACUAAACCAACUGUACCGGUCCAUUCUUCUUUA